GGGACGGAGGUGUUUUGUUGUCAAACCUAACACAGAAAAUGCUUCUGUUUAUUUUCACGUUGGCCAUUUGUGGUAUCGCGGUGAAAGGGGAAUGUCAAACCGCAUAUAUGGGACAGGCGAUGCAGACUUGCAUUGACAUCGUUACUAGAACCCAGACUUCAGAAGGGUUUAACGAUUUGGAACCAGAGCAGAAACGGGCAUUGUGGUGCUCAAAUUACCGCCAAGGACUAACAUGUGAAAUGGGUGUAAUCAACGAGUGCGCAAACUCGACGGGUUUGAUGUACCACGGUGUUACGUUGGAACAGGCCAGAGUCUACACGGAGAAAAUUAUGGAAACCAUUGAGAAAAUGUGUCCCUCGAUACAGGAAUAACUUACAGCCGAAAACAUUUCAGGAUACUUUUUUUUUAAACUCUGCUGACGAGAUUUAAUGUUCUCGCAGGAAGUUUAAAUAGUUGGUAUUAUAAUAGGGUAACUGUACAUAUAUACAUACUAUAUAAUUUCAAUUUGCGAUUAAAGAAGAUGUAUA